AGACGACUUGCCACUUUUUUAAGCAAACUUUCUCUCUGUAGCUUCUCCUCUUUCCCUCUCUACAUUGAGCUUCCGCCGCCGUUUCCUCCUGAAAAAAAAAAUUGAACUUUCUCUGGUCCUCGCCAGCGAUAACUUGGGAGGAUAAACUGCGACGGCUAGCUCAAGCUUUUGGAAUAAACGUUGGUGCUCACUUUUUGGAUUCUGGUUGAUUUUUGGAGGAUCCUACAAAGUGUAUCAUCAUGCAGAGUUUGACAAGUAACUCUGUUGUUAUUAAGCUACUUACUUAUUCAGAUGAGCUUGUGGAGGGGAAGCCGUUGUAUGUUUCUUCCAAUUCUCUUCCUGUGAAGGCACUAAACCGUGAACCUGCUGGUCAUUCCUUUCAUUCCGCUGCUCUCAAGCUUCGUGGCUGUACAAAGAAAGUCGUAGAGGAUAAAGAAGAUACCUCUGAUUCUCCUAAGAAAGUAGCAAACAACGAUGUGGAAGAUAUUCCUUCUUAUGAAACGUACAAGAACAGCAGCAGCAGCAAUAAGGGGAAGAAGAAGAAGAAUAAGUCUGGGAAGGAAGUCAAGGAACAGCAUGAUCACUACGCGUUGCUUGGUUUGGCCAGUUUAAGGUAUCUUGCGACAGAGGAUCAGAUCAGGAAAAGCUACCGCGACGCUGCUCUGAAGCAUCAUCCUGAUAAGCUUGCUGCUGCUCUCCUUCUUACUGAGGAGAGUGAGGAAGCUAAGGAAGCUAAGAAGGAGGCGAUUGAGUCUCACUUCAAGCUGAUCCAAAUUCAAUGGUAG